UUUUAAUGGUGGUGUACGGUUCGUUCAGCUCGCAUCGCGUCGCAACAUCUCGUUUUGUUGGUCAGUGAAAAAUAUCAGAAAAUCCAGAGAAAAUCAAAGAAAGGCCCUCAAUAUAUAUAAUUAUAAAUAUUAUGUAUAGCAAUUGUUGUCUCGCGGCGUCGUGCAUCACACAGUGAGAAAAUACAAAACAAAAAUUCAAAUUGCAAGCAACAAAAUACAAACGAAGCAAAUAUAAAAACAGCGCGUCGCGUCUGAAAUUGCAAAUUGCAAUAAAGUCUGAAACGUGAAGAAGCAGCAGAAGAAGAAGAAGAAGCAGAGCAAUAGCAGUGUAUAAACAGCAAUUGAAAGAAGCGGCAAAAACACAAAUCACAAUAUAAAAAAACAACAGCAACAAAACAAAAACAUCUACAACUACAAUUGAAAAACCAAAAAAAACUGCAAAACUAAAUGCAACAGCUAAGCAACAGUAUUUUUGCUCAACAUUAAAUUAAAUAACUCACUAAUCAUACUAAUACAAGUAUAGAUAUUUGUAAAUGCAAAAUCUCUAGCAGUGAUUAUAUGUUGCAUUUUUUGAAACCAAAAAAACCAAAUUAAAAGCAAAUUAAAUAAAAUCCGAGGAGAGAGAAGAACGCAGCGAGCUUAAGCCAACAAAAAUAAAACCGUAGUACGACUAGUAAAAGACACCACCAAUUUAAUUUGAACAGAGUUUAAGUAAAAAAAAACACAACAACAACAAAACAAAGAAAAUAUUAGCCAAAAUCUAAUAGAUGUCUAUGUGUAUUACAUAUAUAUAUGUAUCGGUCAUCUAUAGCAUAAUAUAAUAAAAAAAAAACCAAGCAUAUAUUUACAACAUAAGCCAUAUAUACCAACUACAUAAAUACAUAUAUAUAUCGCAGCUAAAAGACAAGCAGCUAGAAGCGACCGCAAACAAACGGUCUCAAUCAUUUGAAAAAUCAUCUUAUAGAAAUAAUCUAUAUAAUAAAAGACAAAGCGCAGCUCGUCAAAUAAAACAAACAAACAAAAUAAAAUGGAGGACAAUAACACAAGCAGCAGUGCGAGCGGUGCGCCCAUCAAACUCGAGGAUCCAUCGGUGACACUCACAAUAAGGCUGAUUAUGCAAGGAAAGGAAGUCGGUAGUAUUAUUGGUAAAAAGGGUGAAAUUGUCAACAGAUUUCGUGAGGAGUCUGGUGCCAAAAUUAACAUUUCGGAUGGCUCAUGCCCGGAACGCAUUGUAACGGUGUCUGGCACAACAACCGCAAUCUUCUCGGCAUUUACGCUAAUUACAAAGAAAUUUGAAGAGUGGUGCUCGCAGUUCAAUGAAGUUGGCAAAGUUGGCAAAACUCAAAUACCCAUUCGAUUGAUUGUGCCCGCCAGUCAAUGUGGAUCAUUAAUUGGCAAAAGUGGCUCAAAGAUAAAGGAAAUACGCCAAACUACAGGCUGUUCCAUACAGGUGGCCAGCGAUAUGUUGCCAAACUCCACGGAGCGAGCAGUUACCUUGAGUGGCAGCGCCGAGCAGAUAACCCAAUGCAUCUAUCAGAUAUGUCUUGUCAUGUUGGAGUCUCCACCACGCGGUGCUACCAUACCAUAUCGACCAAAGCCGCAAGUGACUGGGCCAGUUAUUUUGGCCAAUGGACAGGCCUUCACCAUACAAGGCAAUUAUGCGGUGCCCACACAAGAGGUUGCCAAGAAUCCAUUGGCCAGUUUGGCUGCCUUGGGCCUGGCCGGCAUGACGCCAACCGGCACCAGCGGAAUCAAUCACACAGCUCUGGCUGCUUUGGCUGGAUCGCAGUUGCGCACGGCCAAUGCGAAUCGGGCACAGCAGCAGCAGCAUGAGAUGACCGUCUCAAAUGAUUUGAUUGGCUGCAUCAUUGGCAAGGGCGGCACCAAAAUUGCUGAAAUACGUCAGAUCUCCGGCGCCAUGAUACGCAUCUCCAACUGUGAGGAACGUGAGGGCGGCAACACCGAUCGUACCAUAACCAUAAGUGGUAAUCCGGAUUCGGUUGCAUUGGCCCAAUACUUAAUCAACAUGAGAAUAUCAAUGGAGACCGCUGGACUGCCCAUACCUGGUUACCACUAUAUUGCGCCCAGUGCAAUUGUUAAGACACCCAUACACUAAGUGCAACGCAAAUUCAACAAACAACAACAACAACACAACAACCAACCAUCAAAUAAAAAGCUAAAACAAAUCGAAUGCAGCGAGGGACUGGAGCCGCAAAGCUGUAACCAACUGUAACAACUGUGACAGCGGGGAGAACGGCAAAAAUCGGCGACGCAUGAAUCGUCAAAUGUUAAAUUAUAAGCAAUAAGUAAAAUGCAGAAAAGGUAUAAAAAAUUACAAAAAAAAAAAAAAGAAGAAAAGAUAAAUCACAAACAAAUCAUAUGACAACAAGAUGUCAAAUCACCGAUGGAGGAGGAGUAAAGAGAAUAUUAACGACAUACAUAAACCACGUUCAUAGACACAUACAUACAUACAUACAGACAUAUACGAAUACAUACGCGUUAUAUUUAUUCAUUGAUUCUUAUUAAUUAUGAUAUUUUUUUAUUAAGUUUAAAACAAAGUAAUAUGAAGAAAGAAAACAAAACAAUAAGAACAACUUUAUGUUAAAACCGUUUUCGGGCACACUUCUUCCCUGAGGUUCGUGUGCCCAAAAGAGUAAGAACAGAACAGCAAUUAAUUGUAAGCUUAGUCAAAAUGAAGACAAAACAAACAACAAUAAUUAUAACCAACAAACAAACAAACAAACAAAAAAAAAAACACAGCAAAAGUAAAAGCAAACUUCUAAAUGCAAUUAAAUUUUAAGCCAAGUAAUUGUGCAUGCGCAUAACCAAAAACAAAAACAUAAAACAACAUACAACAAAUUUAAGCAUUAUAAAAACAAAUCGUAAAAAAAAAGAAUAUUUAACAAUAAUAAUGAAAGCCAAGCAGCAAGCAAAGCAAAGCAAAGAGACAAAAAUUACAUACUAAAUCAUAACAAAAGAAAAUAAAGAAAUUAAUUAAUUAAUUUCCACUUUGUUAGGCGACAAAUUUUGUGCGUUUGUUGUUAAUAUUUAUAUACAUACAUACAAUUAUAUAUAUGAAUAUGACGGAUAUACAUACAAACAAACAUAUACUAUAUUAAUUGAUAUAAUAAUUUUUAAUUUUAUUAUUUUUAUUAUUGUAAUUGUUAUCGAAAUUGUAUUUGUGAUUUUUGAAUAUGUUUAGACUGAAGGACAAAAUUUAUUCUGUUUAUUGAUUAAACUACAUACAUAUAUUAACUAUGAACUAAUUAAAUUAAAUUAAUCUAAAUUAAAUACGACUUGAUUUUUACAUUUUUCAAAAUUAGUUAUAAUUUGUUGUACGAAAACUGAACGACAACAACAACAACAAUAAGAAGAAAAAAAUACAAAAAUCAGAGAAACAUCAACUGAGCGGAAACAUUUGAAGCCAAAUUUAUUUUUGUUAAAACAUUUUGCAAGGUGUUUUGGUUUUUUAGUGAAAAUGUUAAAUUAAGUGACCAAAAUUCAAAUUACAAUAAUAAUGUUUAAGCACUUUUGCGGCGAUUAAAAAGACUUUUCUAAUGCGUGGAAAAUGAAAUGAGAAUAAUGGAUUUAAUUUAAUUAAUACUAUUGCGAUUAUGCUUAAAUUAAAGUAUAAUUUUAAAACAUUAGCUGUUAAAUUUAUACGCAAAACAACAUCAAAACAAAAAAUAAAAUGAUUUUCAAUGUUAAAAUUACAAAAAAAAAAACAACAACACUUAAUUUAAUUUGAGUUAAAUUUAAUUUUAGGCUGGGCAGCAAGAAGCAAAAAUUAAUUAAUAAAAAGAAAAUUGCAAAUGCAACUGUGGCUUGUUAAAUAAAUUACCAAAUAAUUUUAAGCCACUAUAGUGACGAAAUUUAGUUACAUACAUACUAACACAUAAAAACACACACACACAGACACCUACAUAAAAAAAUUAAAUUAAAAACAAUUUAUAAAUAUAUACAAACAUAUGUCUGUUAGGUUAGGCGCUAGCCGAAACAUCAAUCCGUAAGCUAGUUAAACAAAAUAACAAUUUAUGGGCAGAAAAAUGUGUCAAAUUUCGAUUAUACAAAUUAAUUAUACCAUAAGGCAGUAAAACAUAAAAAAAAAAAUGGAAAACAAAACAAAUACAAUUACCACAACAUAUCCACAACAAGAAAAAAUAAAAAUACAACAUAAUUAUUGUAAUCAGCAGAAAAUUAUACAAAAGCAUAUAAAGUCAAACAUAUCCCAGAGAACACGAACAAUUUCAAUGCAUAUAUCAUUUAUUUGUACUCUACACAUUAUAAAUUAGUUGAAGGAACAUUAAUUUUUUGAAUGCUUACAAUAACUUGAAAUUAAUUUUUAUCCCUUUACGCUAAUUUUCUUGCAUAAUUAAAAUAAUAAUAAUAAAGACACUUAUGAAGCAAAACUUGAUUACAGGAAAUUGUUAAUAGCAUAAAAAAGAAACAGAAUUGAUAAAUGAUAAUACUAUUACGAUAUAAUGAUAAAUGCAUUACUGUUAGCUUAGAGCCACACUCUACGUAUAAUUGACUAAAACUAAUGUUUUAAAAAAUAAAAUGAGGAUCAAGCAAAAUGUGCAACACAGGCAGCAAAAUAUCUAGCGAAACUAUUUCGUGAUUUUAGUGACAAAUAUUUCGCUGAUGACAAUUUGAAGCAAUCAUUUUUGAACCAACAACAAAAUAAACAAAUGAAAUUAAGAAAGUUGAAUGGAAGCAAAGGCGUAUAUCUAUAUAUAAAUAAAUUAUAUAUCUAUAUAUAAAUAUACAUAUAUUAAAUAAAUUAUUAUGUACACUUGUAUUUAAUUGUAUUUGAAAUAUUUAGUAAAUUUUUUGCGCAAGUUACAAACCAACUAAAUAAAAGAUAACAAAAAAAGGAGAAGGAAACAAUUAAAAUAAAAGAAAUAUAAUGAUAAUGAGAAUGAGAAUGACGCACGUUGACGGGUUAACAACGGAAUAGUGAUUGGGACUAUUUGUAACAUAAAGAAAGAACAAAACAAAAGGGAUAAAUUAAUUAUGUGCAUGUGUGUGUAUAAAGAAACUACAUUUAAAAUAGCUCAAUAGCUCAACAACAAUUUCAAAUGAAUUUUUACUAAUAUGUGUAUGUGUAUGUAAAUUAUUAAAACAAUUUGUUGAAAACUUGUAAAUUUGCAAAGGAAAAAUACGUGUAAGAAAAGCAAUUUUAAUGGUGCCUUAAAAACCAAACCAAGCAAAUUUCUUCUUGCCCCACAUAAUCGAGAACAACAACAAAACUAAAAAAAAAGCAACACAGCAUUUGUGUGACAAUUUCUGUGGCAGUGUGAGUUUUCUACCUUUCCACCAACAAAAAUUCUAUAGAUAUUUUCCUAUCAACUUUCCCAGCUUAUGUAUGAUAUUUAGUUACAAAACUAUGCUUACAUACUUACAUAAGCCUUUCGACAUAAAGAACUUAUCCCUUUUAGAGACAUAUGACCCACAAUUGCUUAAAGCUAUUCGAGUUUCAACAACCAAAAUAACAAGAACAACAACAACCAGUGUGUAGAGUUGCCCGUUAUAGUAAUUGAGAACAAACAAAAUACUUAUAAAAUGAAAAACAAAUAAAAUGAAAAAUUAUAAUACAAAUAUCAAAUAUAAAUAAUAAUGUAUUUAAUAUUUAUUUAAUAAACUUAGCUGCAAGUAGUAGUUGAACAAAAAAAAAAAAAACAAAAUAACACCGAUUCUCGAAACAUUAUCCGAUUAUAUGAACAAUUAGUCAGCAACAUAACAAAAUAUACUAAUUAACACACAACACACAUAUAAAUGUUUCUCUCAGUGUAAUUACAAAUCACUUGAAUGUAUUUGCUCACAUUUUACAAUACAUGUCAAAAAGAAAAAUACACAAAAAAAGAAAAAAACAUAAAAACAAAAACAUUAACAUAAACUCUACACAAUAAGUCGAAAAACAAAAGCAUUUAAGGCACAUGACAUAUGGAUUGAAAAACGGAUGAUCGGAUGUAAACAAUUGUUAAAAGGCAAAUGUAGAAAAUGAAAAAAAAACAUAUUUAUAUACAUAUACAUAAAAAGAAUAAAAACAGAAGUUAAUUCUUAAGGUAUUUUAGAUAUUCUUAUUUAAUAUCCAAAAAAAAAAAAGAAAAGUGGAAAAUACACGAGGAAAAUUUUAAUUUAGAAAAAAACAAACCAGCAUAUAGAACGGAAACACAUCGGUUAAAUCGGGUUGAAGUAAGAAAUAUGCAAAUUUAUUAACUACAUAUUGGUGUUAGACGUUGUUAUACAUAACUUAAACUGAAAACUUCAUGUAAAUUGCGCAUAGAGCAGGCAAGAAAUAUACAGGCAGAAAAUAUUCCAAUGGCACUAGCUGAAAUCGGCAACAGAAGAUAUUCGAUUAGGGACAAUUAGUGAUAAAUUGUGGCUAGAACGCGAAGCUCUCGGUUCGAUGAGAGUGCAAGCUUAAAGCUUUUAUGUGCUUGCACAGACAGAUGCUUGUAUGUGAUGUAGAUGUGUAUAGCUUUUGCUUAAUCAACUCUCUCUCUCUAUAUAUAUCUCUGGUGUGCAGUUUUGAAUAAGCUAGUGUCAUUAGGACUCGAGCUAAGCCUAGAAACAUGACUAGAUGAUAGGGAAUUCAUAUGUGCAAAACUUCUAAGUUCUUUGAAAAAGCAAAAAAAGAAUAUAUACAACAUAAAAAUGGAUUUGUUUAUGCUGCUUAUGGUAAAUUCAAUCGUUUCAUAAUUUUGAAAAACUUUUGCGCAGUGUAAACAUAAACCAAGUCAAAUCAAUAUAAAUUAGUCGUAUACCAUUUUUGUUGCUGCAUUAUCUCUCUCGUAUGGUUCAAAUACCAGGCAGAAAAAGUAACUACGUGUAUUCCAAUUCAUCAAAGCAAUUGAAAAAGGAAAAUAGAAGGCAUGCAUACUCAAAAGUAUUGCCAGUAAAUACGAAUAUACGAAACAGCUAAGGUUUCUCACAAAUUUAAAAAAUGGAAAAUAAAAACAUAUAACCAAUAACUUAUAUACAUAGAUCAAAGAAAUAAAUACAUAACGCAUACAUACACACAUAUAUAUAAAAUAACAAAAAUGAAUUUAAAUUAAAUUAUAUAUGAGAAAGGAAAAGAAAUGAAUUGAAUACAUAGCAUGCACUCUCCAACAUGUUCAUUAGACAGUUAAUAUCUCUAGAAAUUGUUUACAGGCUAGCGGAAUUGGAAUUGGCAUGAGAAAUUGGCGCAUCGCAUAAAUAACUUACAAAACUGUUUUCAAUGUACUAUAUGUGUGUGUUUGUAUAUGUGUAUAAAACAUAAAAAACAAAUUAUUAUAUAUAUAUAUGUACUUAAUACAAAAUGAAAAUCACUAUGAAAGACAAUUGCAUUUCCGAAGACACAAUAUGAACUAAUCGUAAAAAAUAGCAAUGGCAAUUUAGGAAAUUAUGUUAGUUGUUAAGUGUCUCAACUCAACAUACGAGUCUCUAUCUCUCAGUCUUUUAUUUGAAAGAAAAAGAAAAGAAUGAAAAUGCAGCGUAAAAUUGAUAAAACUGAACAAUUGGGAUCAACUUAUAUUUAAAAUAUAAGAUUAAAUUAUAAUAAAAGCAUAAGUAAGUCAGAGCCCCACAACCCCACAACACAGUUGUUGGCAAAGAAUACUACUUACUAUACAUAAAUGGUAGCCCAACACAUUCAACUCUAUGAAAAGUAUUGCAUAAUUGUGCCAAAUAUAACAAUUACAAAAGAACAACACAUAAAACAGGAAAUCAUUGAACAACAAGAACAACAACUACUGGCCAAACAAUGUAUAACAAAAUGAACUUUGUUUUAAAGAACAACAACAGCAACAACAAGAGCACAAACAAAAAAAUUUGCUUUUUUUGGGGGAACAACACAUAGGAAUUAUACGAAUUUCAACAAAUACGCAAAUUUAUGUGAAUUCAUUUGAAAGCCAAUAACAUUGACAGCUAUUUAAAGUUCAUAUUGCGCAAAAGGAGCUUAUUUAAAACAAAAACUGCAAAACAACAAUACACAUAACAAAAUAUACUUAUAAUCAAUUAACUUGUCGGAGUAGCAUCCGAAUCGAGAAGAAGGUUUUACAAUAAUAUUCAAAAAGUGGCUGUAUUUUCAGUUUGAAACUAACUAAAUGUAUUUCAAAAGUGUGCCAAAAAUAAAAAAAAACCACAGGGUGAACAACAAUUUGUUAUAGAUAUUUUAUCACUUGGAAUGCUGAUUGCCGCAAAACUUUGUUAACUUCGAAUUCGAAUAAACUUGACCAUUUCCUCUCUGAUAAUUGUUUUUUUGAAGAAAGAAAAAAACCAUUGCAUACUUUUAAGGCAAUUCUCUUGUAUUCCGUUUCUUGUAUAUAUUUUACCAAAUAUCCUGCUUGAUUUGAACAAGUUUCCAAAUAUUUCGCAAGAGAACAGUCCUAUAAUAAUGAGUAUAGUUAAACAACAGGAAAAUAUUUGAAGAACAUAUUUACAAGUUGUAGAAAACUGCAAGGCAAUCAUAAAACUAGAGCUUCAAUAAAUGAAAUGAACAAAAUGUCAUAAUACAAAACAACUAUUAAAUAUAUGGCUAACACAAAACGAUAGUUGACAAUGCCUACAAAAUGUUUUUGGAUAAAUAUAUAUUUAAGCCAAUGAAAAAAACAAAA